AUGAGUUCAGCAAAGGGGCCAACGUCCCUCAGCAGCGACAAGAUCCUCCUGCUCGUGGCCGCGCCGCCGAAGCAAGACUGGAUCAGCCGCAUCGAGUCGCGCUACCCGGGCAUCGAGAUCCGCUGGGUCGACUGCACGAGCUCGGGAGCGCUGACGACGCCAGACGAGAUCCCCGCCGCGCUCUGGGAGGACAUCACCAUCUACUCGAGCUGGCUGACGCCGCGCGCCGAGCUCAUCCCCAACGUGCGCUUCGUGCAGCUCUCCUCCGCCGGCGCGGACCGGUGGCUCGACCACGCGCUGUAUCUGAAUCCGGACGUCGUUUUUUGCUCGGCCAACGGCGUGCACCCCCCGCAAAUAGCGGAAUGGGUCAUCGGAACGUGGCUGUCCCACCAACACCGCUUCCUGCACUACCAUGACAGCCAGCGCGAGGCCUCGUGGGCCAACCGUCUCGCCUACCCCGUCGAGGACUCUGUCGGCCUCCGCAUGGGUAUUCUCGGCUACGGCGCCAUUGGCCGGCAGUGCGGCCGCGUUGCGCAGGCCCUGGGCAUGGAAGUGUACGCCUACACGCGCAGCGAGCGCGCGGACCCGGCCUCCCGGAAGGACGACAGCUACUGGGUCCCUGGCACGGGCGACCCUGAAGGCGUGCUGCCGGCGCGCUGGUUCCACGGCGCCGACGUCGAAUCCAUCAACGCCUUUCUCGCGCAGGACCUUGACCUCCUCGUCGUAGGUCUGCCGCUGACGAAGGAGACGGACGGGAUCCUUGGUGCGAAGCAGUUCGACAUCUUGUCCAAGAAGAAGACAUUCGUGUCCAACAUUGCGCGCGGCAAGCUCAUUGACCAGGAGGCUCUCGUGGCGGCGCUUGAGCAGGGCAAGAUUCGAGGGGCGGCUCUUGAUGUCACGGACCCGGAGCCACUGCCGGCGGACCAUCCCUUAUGGAAGGCACCAAACGUCUUCCUUACGCCGCACGUCAGCGGUCGGAGCACGGCCUACUGGGAUCGUGCGCUGGCUAUCUUUGAGCAGAACCUGGAGCGCUGGUCCGAGGGCAAGCCGUUGAUCAACGAGAUAAAUAGGACGCUUCACUACUGA